UACACAAAAAGGAGGGCAAUAAAAAGAUAAAAAUUGGAAUAAGAGAAAUAAACAAAGAGAAUUGAAGAAGGAAAGGGGGAAAAAAAAAAAGCGAAGCAUGGCUACGUUGCAGAGAUCAUCUUUUUCAUUUCGACGACAAGGCUCUUCUGGUCGGAUAUGGUCGACUCAGGCCAUCGAAUCAAAUACAAGGAAUAACGUUGCAACCUCCCGCAUAAAUACAUACAGAGAACAAAGCAAAACCCUAGCACAAUCGAAAGAGUUGAAGAAUGAUAAAGUUUUCGACUCAACUGAUCUCAGCAAAUCUUCUUCAUUGCCUAAAUCUGAAGCAAUUACCGAACACAAUAAAGCAAGAGUUGAGGAAGGAAUCGCGCAUAUAUAUAACACAGAUCACAGAAAGACCACCUGAAUUCCUAUUAGAACAAUGUAAUCCAUGAGAAGGAGUGAGAGCUUCGUUUGGGGAGAGGGAAUGAGCGACGUCGAUCUUACGAGACGAAGCUUAUCUUCUGACGAUGAUUCUUUUACGCCUGCGUUUCUUCAUAGACAAACCUAUUCGAGGCUCUUUCAUGGAUGGACACACAAGCUCCCAUUCUCUCAACGUCACCAUUGUCUUCUUCUUCUUCAUCCUCUUGCUGUUGCCAAACACUGAUGCUCUGUAUCCGGUGAAGU